AUGCCACCUAAGAAGAAGGAUGACAAAUCACAGGAGUCCCUUACGGUUCUCCUCGGGCGGCCAGGCAGUAAUCUGAAGGUCGGCAUUGUUGGGCUCCCGAACGUUGGUAAGUCCACAUUUUUUAACGUGUUAUCCAAAAAGGGAGUUCCAGCGGAAAAUCGUCCGUUUUGCACGAUAGAUCCUAAUACGGCGGACAUAAACAUUCCGGAUGACAGAUUUGACAAGCUGGUGCAGCUUAACAAGCCGGCGUCUGUUGUCCCAGCACAGGUUCAUAUACGUGAUAUUGCUGGCUUGGUACGCGGGGCCAGUCACGGGGAGGGGCUUGGCAAUGCUUUCUUAUCUCACAUCAAUGAAUGUGAUGGUGUUAUUCAUAUGAUCCGUGUUUUCGAGGAGGAAGACAUCACUCAUGUGGAGGGUGAACUCGAUCCUGUCCGGGACUUGGACAUCAUCUUUUCAGAACUCGUACUGAAGGAUUUACAGGUUGUCAACGGUUUGAUUGAUAAAUUAACUGUGAUAGUCAAUCGCGGACUUGAUAAAACCAAAAAGAAUGAUCUAGAAAUAUUGCAUAAGGUAAGGGAUCACUUAGAGAAGGGUGAACAGGUUCGGUGCUAUCAGUGGAAUAAUAAGGAGAUCGACUUUCUCAAUACACUUCAACUAUUGACGGCAAAACCGGCAAUAUUUCUGGCUAAUAUGUCCGAGAAAGAUUUCAUCCGUCAACGGAGUAAGUGGCUUGCGAAGCUAAAAGAAUGGAUCGACAAGCAUACCGGGGAGCUUCUUAUCCCAGUUUCCGCGGAGAUGGAGGCCAACCUCCUUAAUAUGUCUUCAGAAGAAGCCGAAGAAUUUCUCAAGCAAAAUAAAACUAAGUCUCAAGUUCCGAAGAUUAUAACCAGUGCUUACCAUGCGAUUAACUUGAUUCACUAUUUUACAGCGGGCCCGGAUGAAGUGAAAUGUUGGACAAUACAACGUGGCACAAAAGCCCCUCAGGCCGCUGGAAAGAUUCAUUCUGACAUGGAGAAAGGGUUCAUCUGUGCCGAGGUGAUUCACUGGGAGGACUACGAAAAAUUGGAGAGUGAAGCUGCCUGUCGCGAAGCAGGUAAGCAACAUCAGGAGGGAAGGAACUAUGAGGUAAGGGACGGUGAUAUAAUCUUCUUCAAAUUUAAUGCAGCUAAAGGAGGUAAGAAGUAA